AUGGAUUCUGCAAAGGCAAGGGGAAGUGCUAGCCAGCCUGAAAUCACAGUGCAGACCGAGCCGUCAGAACUGAGCAAGCGGGUGAAUGACUCCAAGGGUGAACAUGUUAUCAAUUUCCGCCUGGCUGAUAGAGAGAAAGUACACAAUGUUCAGCAAAGCGGAGUGAGUCGCAUUGAAGCCUUUUCACGCCUGUUCGGUCGUCGACAUCCCGUCGCAAUCACCCUCUUCUUCUGCAUUUUUGCCGUUGCCGUUUCCUUCUCGCUUGACCAGUCUACCACGUCGGCAUACGAUGUUUAUGCGACGGGAGCCUUCAAUCGCCAGUCCUAUAUCGGUGUGAUCGAAAUCGCCGAGGCCAUCAUCAUCGCCGUGUCGAAGCCCUUCCUUGCCAAAAUCUGCGACGUCUUUUCUCGGCAGAUAGCAUACCUUUUAAUCUUGGUUUCUUACGUGGUUGGAUACAUUGUUGUGGCGACUUCACCCAAUGCAGUAGCGCUAUGCGUUGGUCGAGUUAUCUCAUCGACCGGACAAGCCGGCGUCGACCUGGUGACGGAUAUCAUCGUCGGUGACCUGAGUCCGCUGCAAUGGCGUGGGUUCACCAGUGCAAUGACUUCGUUUCCUUUCCUCUUCCUACCUUUCGUCGGCUCCAAGAUCCAGGCGAGUCUUUGUACUGGCAAUACGGAUAACUGCUGGAGAUGGGGAUAUGGGAUGUUCUGUAUCAUUGCACCAGUCUUAGUAACCCCUAUCAUCCUCACCCUCUUCUACGCAGACCGUCAGGCCAAAAGGGUAGGCGAACUUUCAUUUGCCGCAAGUCGUCUUGAGACUAGAUGGGCUGAAGAGGCCGGUACUAUGCAGAUCCAGCGAUCAACUCUUCAAGACCGCCUUAAAACAUUUUGGCAACUUCUCGAUGAGAUCGACAUCAUUGGUCUGAUGCUCCUGGGGUUAGCUUUUGCCCUAAUCUUGCUUCCAUUCAGUCUCGUCAGUUACGCAGACGGCGGCUGGUCAAACGCCUCGAUGAUUGCUAUGGUAGUCUGCGGCUUCGUUAUCUUGGUCCUCUUCGUCCUCUGGGACAUCUUUUGGGCCAACUAUCCCCUACUGAAUCGACGGGUCUGGCACAACAAGACCUUUAUCUGUGCGGUGGUAAUUGAUAUUUUCUACAUGGUCAGCGGAAACAUUCGCUCGACUUACUAUACCACCUGGGUUUAUGUCAUCAAGCCGUGGGACAACUACAAUUGGGGCAACUUUGUGGCCAUCACAACGGUGGCACUCACCCUAUUUGGCAUUCUAGCAGGAUUGUAUCACCGCAUCUUCCACCGCUACAAGAUACUACAGAUUUUCGGUCUGUCUUUGCGAAUUCUUGCGUUGGGUAUCACCUACUGGGCCGUUGGUCCGCACGCCAACACCGGCGCGCUGGUGAUGUCCCAGAUCCUCAAUGCCAUGGGUGGCGCAUGCUCUGUCGUUGGAACUCGGGUAGCCUCGCAGGCCUCGGUGCCGCAUCAGGAUCUCGCUGCAAUCAUCUCGCAGCUGUCGCUCUGGACCAAACUUGGCUCUUCUGUUGGCUCCGCCAUCUCUUCCCACAUGUACACCAGCACCUAUAUGGGCCACUUGCUGAAUGAAGGACUGGCGAGCGAAGAUGCUGCCAUCUUCUAUGGUAGUGGUACUAAGGCUCGGACGAUGUUCGCCUGGGGCACCGAAGAGCGAGAAGCCGGUAUCCGUGCGUUCACCAAUACCAUCCGGCCAAUGUACUUGACCGCUCUAUGUCUUUCGGUGAUCCCUUUGAUUGCUGGUCUUUUGAUGCCCAAUUACUACUUGGGACGCACUCAAAAUGUGGUUAACGGUACCGAUAAUGGCGGAGUUGUCGUUGAUGAAGUCCGCGGUCAGCUACAGGAGAACGAUAAUCAAAAGAAGUCAUGGGUAGCAAAGCUGUGGCGUGGUGUUCAGAACUAG